UUCCCAUCAGUUGUGACGUUACAGGUGUUGCCUAGCUGCGUUUAGAACAACAAAGUUCCACUGUUCCGCACGGAGUGUUAAUAGUCACUGAUCAUAUAGAGUCGUGACGACUACACACCCAAAGAUGUGGGAUUUUCUCAUUACGCUUUCGAGCUGCCUUUGUUCAUGCAGCUCCAACAAGGUGUCCCCUCUGGAGGAUGGAGAUGUGAAGGAAGAGACAGCACCGGUAGAGGAGGAGAUGGUCCGCGGGACCACCGAAUGUUCAGUGGUGACCGCACAACCUCCGAUGUCCCAGCCAAGGUCCAGCAAGUCGUCGGCCGACGUCCUUGCGGAGCUGCGACAAGACGGCCUGUUGCCCCUCAACACCCGGGGCGAGUCCGUCGCUUUCCAGGUGCUAGUCAAGCCCGCCUCCGAGCCCGACGCGCCCCCUCGCCGCCCAAUUAAGCUUGCGAAACUGGAGGAAACUCUCCAGGAGAGGCGCGAACGGGUCAAGAAGGAGCCCGCGGGAUCGCGCACUAAACUGAGACAGCAGCUCAGCAACGCCGCCAAGAGACGAGAGGAGAUGUUGGCUGAGAGGUCUCGAAGACUUGCAGAGAGGAGGGCGAGGAUCAACGCGAAAGCAGCCGCCAAGGAGCGCAUGAGCACUGCCUUCGUCAUCUCCUCCGUCAGCGACACGGACGCCAUCGUUUCCCGAGACUCGGAGAAGGCGCAGGCUUUGGAGAAACGUCUCAACAAGAGGAGAAAACGCGUCGCGAAAAGGACGACCGCAGAAGAUAUGGAGAAACAGCAGGCCUUAGCAGCUGAACGUAGGAAGGUGAAUAGGGAGGAGAAUGCACAGAAGUUGCAGCGAUCCAGGAUGACCAGCUGGGAUAAGGCCGGGGAGUGGCUCGGCAUGGAAGAGCCGUAAAAACUUGUUUUUUCAUACUCAGUGCUGGAUUUCCAAAACGUAAUACAAGAAAUGGACGUAUAUGUAUUUUAACAAGUAUGCACGGUUUUCAAAGUGGUUUAUGCUCGUUUUUUUAACAUUCCAUAAAAGAAAUAGAAAAAAAAAUACAAUGUUAUAAAUGUUACGCUUUCUGCCGCCUGAAAUAUGUUGUUUUACUGGAAAAAAUAUACAAAAGUAAAAAAGAAAUGACUUCGUUCUUUUGAAUAUAUGUUGAAUUAGUCAAAUGUUUUGAAACAUGUUUGCAAAAACUAACCUCCUUUGAUUGUAAGGUAUCGGCAUGCAGAUAUAGUACUAUAGUGGUUCUAUCUCCUUCGCAGCUCGCGAUGUGUUGAGCACUAACAUGUGAAAAUUGCAAAUAAAGUGAAAUUACUAUUUCUACAUCUUU